GUACGUUCUUUACGCCAUGGGUGCUUCAUACGAGACGAUCCAAGGUCCUCAAACGACUGUUGAAGAUGUACACGCCGAUGAUGAAGUCGUCCAAAUUAACCAUGAGCAUGCCGAGAGGAUGGACGGCGCGUUUCUCUCCAUUGUUUUCAGUGCAGCCAUUCCCUGCGGGCUUAUUUUAGUGGUCACUGCUAUUCUGCUGGGCGUGAUCUAUAGCAACGAGGUCGAUGCCUACAAAGGCUGGCCUGAGUUGCAGGUUGUCCAGAAUGACACGAGCAAACCCACUGGAGUCUGGGCCACCAUCAACAGCUGGAAGAAACACGGGGGGGAUGCGGCAUUGUUCGUCGACUUCAAUCCUUCUUCUCUGACGGCCAUCGCCACUUUGACUGGCAAGAUUAUCCCAUACCUCUCAAGUUCAAUCAUGGCACUGGUUGCAUUUUUCGUUGCCCGUCGCAUCAUCCUCGUCUCCAAGGACAGUCAGGGCCACGAACUUCCCACCCCACGUCAGAUGUCGCUCCUCAUUCAGCUGCUAGGAGGAAACAGUUAUGGACCGCUGAAAGAUACGGUGCACUAUCACAUCAAGCACAAGAAGAGAUGGAUCUCGCCCAUCCCACACGCAUUUUCUGCCCUGGCUGCUGUCACGGCCUUAGGAAUAAUCAUUCCAGUUGCAGACACAUGGUUCAGCACGACUGUAACACCAGUUAAAGUCGCUGUGGUGAAGAAAGUUUCCAACGCUUCCCGUUCUCCUCUCGGGCGAGACUUCGUCGAUCAUGACAAUUACUGUAGAGAGGGCAAGUGGUCGUACCCUGCUGACGGGAACAGUAGCUGGAAAGUACCAUGCAAUAUGGACUACUAUUAUUAUACCAAUGGUCAGGAUAUCAAGCAUCCGACCCGAUGGUCUUAUGCCAUCGUCAAUGCCAACAAGGCGGCCCUGACCAUCGCCAACCUGUCCGACACGAAUACCGUGAACGACUGGUACAAUAGCACCAGCGAUCCGGUCCAUCAUUAUAAAUAUUUGGCCCACAUGGCCUUAGACUUCACUAGAGAUUUUCGAGCCAAGACGGUCGCAGUGAAGACGCAGUGCGCUCCGAUGACCGCACGCUGCUUCUCGGCCUGCUCCUCUGACAAUCCCAGCGAUGAAGACGAUUGCAGGUAUCUCGACAAUUCUUAUGCAUUUAACUGCAGCCCCGGUUACACUGGAGAAUUGACCUCGAACGGAGCGUCUCUGGCGACUUCGCUUCGUAAACCCUCCCUGGCCGGAUCAAUGGGAUUUGGAUUUGCGCCCGACGCGAGUCUGAGCCGGAUGGUUGGAAACGACGAGUCCCAAGUCGAGUUCGCCGCCUGGUCCAAUCCUCUGUAUUUCGGAGCCUGGUCGCUGGGUUGGCAGCAAAUGCCUGAUGACGAUAUAACUGAUGAUGGGAAUCCUCGGAACCGCGACCCUUGGGACCGCGACAGCAACAUAUUUUGGGACGAUAAUUAUUACUAUGCCUGGAUGUUGAACUGCAGUAUGGAAAUAUCCUACGCACACUACGACUGGAUCAACGGCACGACAUACAGCUUCACCCCGUGGCGGGCCCCGCGAGAUAUUGGCGGCAUGGUCUCAUACCCCUUCGUCUCGGGCUUACCACUUGGUCAGCUCUGCGGCCAGUCUGCGGCCAGUCGCAUGAGAGAAGCCAACAACUCGGUGCAACUGGCCAACCUGUUCGCCGAUGAUUUCUCCACCUGUGCCCUGGGCAUCAUGGCGGCGAACAUCGACCCCACGUCGACCAUCUUGGAGCAGUCGCGGGACGACAACUUCGGCGCCACGCGGGUGCCGAUUGUUCCUCUUUUCGUCCUCCUGGGCUUCAAAUUCCUCUACUGCUUCGCAGUGCUCUGUCUGGCGGUCGCGGCGUACCACUAUACCAAUCCUGCCGAGGCCCAAUCCGUCAAGGAGCGACUGACGAUCAAGGGCCUGGCGGCAACCUACUUCUGCGACACGCCUUCACACCAACAAGUGGCGGUCAAGAACAUCGAGCAGCUUUUUCAACCGUCCGAAGCAGCCAAGGAUGCGGACGACGCUGACGCCGAGGCUGCGGUGCCCGCCGAGCCAAAGAUCGGUGUGGUCCAGACGGAGGUGGGCGGCUGGCAGUUCGUCAAGAUGGCCGCGAGCAAAGUCUACGACUCUGUGGGCCCCAUAGUCGAGAGGCAGCUCAUGUCGGAUGCCAGUGCCGGCAACUUUGGCACCGACGGCAAGGAUGUUGCAAACUGGGUGUCGCUCGUCCAGAAAUAAUGCGCCAACGUUAUCCCCUGCACCCGUUUGAACUAGAACACCGUUGGCAUGCAUUUGUUUGAG